AUGCUGCAAGCGUCACGGAUCUCAAGGGCACUAAGGUUUCGUACCGAGCAAGCCAUUCGUGCAUUUGCCACCUCCAGCGAGUCCGGAGCUUUGGAAGCAGAGGGAGUGAAGAAGAUCCUGCAGAGGCAUCUGGGCCAGGCCGAUCGGCCCCUCACGUCUGCCGAGCUGUGGAGCCUUACGGAGCCCGAAGGCGUGAAGAGCAAGCGGCACAUGAAGCAGAUGCUGCAGCAGAUGCGGAAGACCCAGGUGGUCGCCACCAAGCCCCUGGGCGCCUCCACCACCAAGAAGUCCUCCAAGCAGUUUGGGUACCUGCUGGCGGGGUCGGCGGCCACGCCUAAGCCUGUCGCCACCCCGGCGAGCGCUUGA